CUGAACACCAAGGACGGACGGCGAUUCAAUGGCGACGCUACGACACUCACCCCAGCUCUCCCUCCCUCUCUUUCCCUUGCUCUUAUUGCUCGCGUAUAACCACGUACACUCACAGUCACUGACUCGCUAGUCAUCACUAGUCACCAGGCGAGAGCAGGCAGCAACAUCGAUCGAUCGACCAUGAGGAGUGUAAGUCCUCGUUCUGCCAGAAACAGUUCUUGUUCCAGUCUCUUCUUCAGUUCUUCUUGCAUUAGUCUCUGGCAGUGACAACCUCGUAGACUUCGUGAGCUAGCCUGUUCUUGGAGGAACAUGAACAGCAGCUGCGCGCGGCUAUCUGCUAUAAAGCACAGUUUCCUCUGUACUUUCUCGCUGUUGCAGGCGGCGAUGGGCUUCCAUGAACACGGGCCGCUGGGCUUCCAGCUGACCACCGACGGCGGCAGGGGCCACGGCGGCGGCGGCGCAACCGCGGCGCCAUGGUGGGCUGCGGCUCAGGGACAGGGGUGUGCCGCUAGCAAGUUUCCGAUCAGCUCAGGCGAUUCUGACCCCUGGCAAGACCUCAAAUAUCAUGAGCCUUCCACGGCAGCCAUUGCCGCCUACCCGGAGUUGCACAAGUACCAUGCCCCUUUCGAUCUGGCCCUUGGACAAUCCAUGGUGUGGAGCAACAAUGCCGAUGCUGGUCAGGGGCAGAGCUUUGGUCUGUACUCUCCAUACGGAGCUCAACCGAUGCACGGGAGGGUGCUCCUGCCGCCGGCGAUCGCCGCCGAUGAGCCGGUCUACGUGAACGCCAAGCAGUUCAACGGCAUCCUCCGGCGGCGCCUGGCCCGCGCCAAGGCCGCCAGGGACCUCAGGGUCUCCAGGAACCGCAAGCCGUACCUCCACGAGUCACGGCACCUGCACGCGCUCCGCCGCGCGCGGGGCACCGGCGGCCGCUUCCUCAGCACCAGUAGCCUCGCCGCCGGCGACCAAGCGCCGCCGCUCGCCAGCACGUCCCUGGGAGGACCUGAGCCUACUAAGGGCAGCGCGUCGACGCCGGCAAGGCUACAGCCUGGUCAGGUGCGCCAGGACGUCUUCCUCUCGCCAUUGAUCAACAUGGCCGGCAAUGGCGACGGCCAGGCGAGGUGGGCCAGCGCGGCGCCACGGGCCUGCUGCGACCUGCUCAAGGUGUGAUGGCGGCAGCGGGCCCUCGCCGCCGGCUGGUGGCUCUAAGACGGCAACUCAUUCUUGGCUCCGGGGUAUGUGGUUAAUGGGAGAUGCACCAGCUCCUUGUACACCAAACCAAGAUGAACUUGAUGCGAUCUUGUGCCCGUAAACUCAUUUGAUGCAUGUUUGAAAGCUCUCUCAUCCUUUUUAUGGAGAUGAACAGUUAUAAAACAAA